UUCAAACUAGAGAAAGAGGGAGAGAGGAUCCUAGACCUUUAGAAGAAGCAGAGUCUCACUUUCAGCGUAAGAGAGAAAUCUGACCGGAGCAGCGCAUCAAUGGCGCUGGCUUUCGAUGAGUUCGGUCGGCCCUUCAUAAUCCUCAGAGAGCAGGAGCAGAAGUCCCGAUUGAGAGGCCUCGAUGCUCAGAAGGCCAACAUUGCCGCCGGCAAAGCCGUCGCCAAAAUCCUCCGCACCUCGCUCGGACCCAAAGGCAUGGACAAGAUGCUCCAGAGCCCCGACGGCGAGGUCACUGUCACGAAUGAUGGCGCCACAAUCUUGGAGCAGAUGGAUGUGGACAAUCAAAUUGCGAAGCUGAUGGUUGAGCUGUCGCAGAGUCAGGACUAUGAAAUCGGCGAUGGCACGACUGGUGUUGUUGUGUUGGCCGGUUCACUGCUAGAGCAGGCAGAGCGGCUCUUGGAGCGUGGAAUUCACCCCAUCCGGGUUGCAGAGGGAUAUGAAAUGGCGUCCAGGAUAGCUUUUGAUCAUUUGCAGCAUAUUUCGAACAAAUUUGAAUUUGGACUGGAGAAUAUUGAGCCUUUAGUUCAGACUUGCAUGACUACUUUGUCAUCGAAGAUUGUCAAUCGGUGCAAGCGCCCCCUUGCUGAGAUUGCUGUCAGAGCAGUUCUUGCUGUUGCUGAUUUAGAGAGGAAGGAUGUGAAUCUAGAUUUGAUCAAAGUAGAGGGGAAAGUAGGAGGCAAGUUAGAAGAUACUGAGCUUGUGUAUGGUAUUCUUAUUGACAAGGAUAUGAGCCAUCCACAGAUGCCCAAGCGAAUUGAAGAUGCAAAAAUUGCUAUCUUGACUUGUCCCUUUGAGCCACCGAAACCAAAGACAAAGCAUAAGGUUGAUAUCGACACAGUGGAAAAGUUUCAGGCUCUACGUGUGCAAGAACAGGAAUACUUUGAUCAGAUGGUUCAGAAAUGCAAGGAUGCCGGUGCUACCUUGGUCAUCUGCCAAUGGGGGUUUGAUGAUGAAGCCAAUCAUCUGUUGAUGCACAGGAACUUGCCUGCUGUCAGAUGGGUUGGUGGUGUUGAGUUGGAACUGAUUGCAAUAGCUACAGGGGGAAGAAUUGUGCCCAGGUUCCAAGAGUUGACACCAGAUAAAUUGGGAAAGGCUGGCUUGGUUCGUGAAAAAUCAUUUGGUACUACAAAAGAUAGAAUGCUGUACAUUGAACACUGUGCAAAUUCAAGGGCUGUAACCAUAUUUAUCAGAGGAGGUAACAAAAUGAUGAUAGAGGAAACCAAGCGCAGUAUCCACGAUGCUCUCUGUGUUGCUAGGAACCUUAUUCGCAACAAUUCUAUCGUCUAUGGUGGUGGCUCGGCUGAGAUAUCUUGCUCUGUUGCUGUAGAGGCUGCUGCAGAUAAACAUCCAGGAGUUGAGCAAUAUGCUAUUAGAGCAUUUGCAGACGCUUUGGAUGCUGUUCCUAUGGCACUUGCAGAGAAUAGUGGCCUUCAACCUAUUGAAACACUAAAUGCAGUAAAGUCCCAGCAGAUAAAGGAGAAAAAUCCCCACUGUGGAAUAGACUGCAACGAUGUUGGCACUAAUGAUAUGCGCGAGCAGAACGUCUUUGAGACUUUAAUCGGAAAGCAGCAGCAAAUCUUACUUGCCACACAAGUUGUCAAGAUGAUACUAAAAAUAGACGAUGUUAUCUCCCCCUCUGAGUACUGAUAGUUUGAUGCUUUCUUCAUCUGACGAAGAAAUUUGUGUAAUGUUUCGUAUUUUUUGUUUCAGAUUUAAUUUUGAGUGACUUGGACCAUAUUCACUUGAGGAACACUGGUUGCUUGUAGAUUUGGAGUGGCUUUCACUGAUAUAGUAGCAUUGCCACUCCCCUAUCUUAAUUUUUGUUGUACCUCUGGA